GCAGUGAGCAAACCUGCUGCCUCUGUGGUGGGGUCCGGUCUCUCUCCUCUCCUGCUGCUGCCCUGCUAGGCACCAUCCCCAAGGUGCUGCGAGUCCGGGGUCCCUCCACUGUGACUGCUCUGGUGUGCCUCCAGCAGUCCCCCAGGGGUGGAAUAUGAAACGGCUCUACUCAGAUCCCCGAUGGACCUAGGAGCACACAGCACAGGUGAUGAGGCUCUGGGCAGGCAGGAGAUACAGAUGUCCAUUGCAAAGGAGCCCACCAGACCCAAGCCAGCUCCAGCCCAGACACUGGACACCGGGCCUGCUCUUCUAGCUUCCCACAACUAACAACCCCCGAGGUAGCUGUUCCUGCUUUACAAAUGCCUGGCUCACUUCGAAGAUCACCUUUGUUUGUAAAGAUGGAGCCAUGGCUCAAAGCACACUCCCCCCACCCGUUCUGUGAGUGCUAAAAAAGGUGGGGGUGAGGGCAUGGAUGUGACUUCUCCGGCCCACGCCAUUGGCAUGGAGCUUCACCAAGGCCCUAUGUGGCCAUCCGCCUCAAACAACACCUCUCUGGCCCUCAGCCUGUCCCGCCCGCUGCGAGGUACUACCCCUGGGAACCACACGGAGGACCUGUCGGAGCACCAGCAGUAUGUGAUUGGGCUUUUCCUCUCGUGUCUCUAUACCAUCUUCCUCUUCCCCAUCGGAUUUGUGGGCAACAUUCUCAUCCUGGUGGUAAACAUCAGCUUCCGGGAGAAGAUGACGAUCCCUGACCUGUACUUCAUCAACCUGGCGGCGGCCGACCUCAUCCUGGUGGCAGACUCACUGAUCGAGGUGUUCAACCUGGAUGAGCAGUACUACGACAUGGCGGUGCUCUGCACGUUCAUGUCCCUCUUCCUGCAGGUCAACAUGUACAGCAGCGUCUUCUUCCUCACGUGGAUGAGUUUUGACAGGUACCUGGCGCUGGCCAAGGCCAUGCGCUGUGGCCUCUUCCGCACCAAGCACCACGCCAGGCUCAGCUGCGGCCUCAUCUGGAUGGCCUCAGUGUCUGCCACACUGGUGCCCUUCACGGCAGUGCAGCUGCGGCGCACAGAGGAGGCCUGUUUCUGCUUUGCCGACGUCAGGGAGGUGCAGUGGCUGGAGGUCACCCUGGGCUUCAUUGUCCCCUUCGCCAUCAUUGGCCUCUGCUACUCGCUCAUCGUGCGGGCCCUGGUCCGGGCCCACCGGCACCGGGGCCUGCGUCCUCGCCGGCAGAAGGCCCUGCGCAUGAUCUUUGCUGUCGUCCUGGUCUUCUUCAUUUGCUGGCUGCCCGAGAAUGUCUUCAUCAGUGUUCACCUCCUGCGGUGGGCGCAGUCAGGUGACACUCCCUGCCAGCAGUCCUUCCGCCAUGCCUACCCCUUGACGGGCCACAUUGUCAACCUGGCGGCCUUCUCCAACAGCUGCCUGAACCCCCUCAUCUACAGCUUCCUUGGGGAGACCUUCAGGGAUAAACUCAGGCUGUAUGUGGAGCAGAAGACAAACCUGCCAGCUCUGAACCGCUUCUGCCACACCACGCUGAAGGCGGUCAUUCCUGACAGUGCGGAGCAGUCGGACGGCAAGUUCAGCAGCACCGUGUGAGGAAGCGGGGAGGAGUGGCGCAGCUCCCAGGAGCAAGAGACACGCGGUGCGGGAGGGUGGGCCCCGCCAUGCACACUGGGGCUGCUAGAAAGCUGUGCUCCGCGCCUCUUCUGAUUGCCUUGUCUCCUAGGCUGCUGUCACCCACAGGUUCAGGACUUAGGGCAUGUAACUCUGACCUCAAAAGACACAGCACCAGUUUGUUACCUGGCUUUCGCUCUCUCCAUAUUGUGUUCUUUCUCAAGGGAUGAUGAUUUUUGCUGUUAGCCAAAGACAACCAAAAGGAUGAGGGUAAUUCCAGGUAAGCAUCUUAGUUACAUUUCAGCAACACGCCUGUGACCUUGGGGGAUGAAAUCUGGAGACAUAAUACAUACGCCUAACCUAAACUGACUCCAUCUCCCAUGCCUGCAAUGUGUAGACCAUGCACACGUUAACCAGUGCACUGGAAGUUGGGGAGGGCACACAAACUUUCUCCUGUUUCUCUGAAGGCUGGCACCUGUAACUCCUGAGUGACCAGAGUGUUUGAGCUGGGAAGGCCCUUUGACAAAAUGCCUGCCUGUCUACUCUGGGGUACCCACCUUGGUGCUGUGGGUUUUUACAAUGGUCUUUCCUAUUACGUGAAUGUAGAAAGAGGUUGUGGGGGAACUGCCGCACAGGGCAGUGGGGUGCCUCUGUGAUAUGCUGUGGCAUGUGGGUUGAAGGUCUGCCUCUACAAUAACAACAGUGGGAACAGUGAAAUGUAGGUGGCUCCGUGCUUAUCAAUAGUAGUAGUAGUCCUGUGCUGAUUCUUCUAAUGGAUGCAACUCCUAAGUAAGGUGAAAACAGGGGAGGGGAGCCUCUGAAAAAGCCCCUGCACUAGAUGGCCCCUAACCUGCAAAGGAAAUUCCCCAUUGCUUCACUGGCCCACAUAUCUCCCAAAGCACUUCAUCUAUGCACCAACAUCCAGUCCAGCAAGCCAGAAAUGCCUGGUACUUCCAAGAUGUGUGAAAUAGUGUGGUCUAACAG